CGCGUGGCGAAAGGUCACACGACCACGGCUCAUUUCAAUACUUGCGUGAUCGCGGUGACGUUGCGAAAAUGGUGACGUUCCGGCCGAGUGUGUUCCUUCAGGCUCUGGGGCUCAUCUACGCCAUUGCGUUCUGCUCGCUGUACAGUCAAGUGCAGUGCCUAUAUGGACCGGAUGGUUUGGAGCCUGUGGCGCCCUUCAUGACCAAGAUUCAGAAAGACCUGGGCGAUCACCCCCUUCAUCGGUUUCUCCACGUGCCGAGCCUUGUGUGGUUCCACGACAGUGUCGGCUUGUCGCCCGACUUGGCGAUCGAGCUCGUCUGCUUGGUAGGGAUGGUGCUUGGGACGCUAGCCGCCGCCAAUAUCAUUCUCGUUCCGGAAUCCUUUGGAGCGAUGUGGCUGUCGUAUUUGUCUGUCGUAUUGAUGGGAGGAUCGUUCAUCCGAUGUGAAUGGGACGCGUUGUUGCUGGAAGUUGGGUUCUUGGCCAUCUGGAUGGCGCCACCCUUUAGCAACGCGACCCUUUUCGAACCACCACAGGUCAUUCUUUGGGCGCUUCGCUUCGUUUUUGUCAAGUUCAGCCUCAUGGCGAGUGCCUCUAAGAUCCUCUCGGGGUGCCCCACCUGGCUCGGACUCACUGCGCUCGACUAUCACUUUGCCACACAAGAAGUGCCGAACCCGCUGAGCUGGUACGCUCAUCAGCUAUCGCCUGGCGUGCAUAGCGUGUUGGCGGCGGCAUCCUUGUUCAUCCAAGGCCCGCUAACGCUGCUGAGUCUGUCCCCGUCUGCGUGGCAUCGCUACCCCGUAUUCUACCUCAACCUUGCGCUGCACCUGUCAAGCUUGUUCACGGGUAACUACGGAUUCUCGAACGUGCUGGCGAUUUCGUUGGCGUACACGGUCUUGCCCUCGACGUCGGAACCAUCGACGGACCGCUUCACGGCAGUGCGGUAUGCUGCGAUUGCUCUCGGGUUCGCCGGUCUCUUGGCGGCCACGUACUCGAUGUUUGAGCUUGUGUACGAAAAUGGUCAAGUGGCUGGGCUUCGAUACGCUCUGCGAGUCGGGCAAACCAAACACGCCCUCCAGUAUGUCGUUCCGGGGGUGGUGUGGGGGGCGCUUGGCGUCGCGUUAGCUGCGGCCGUGUGGCAAAACGCCCGGCUGUUUUACGCUGGAUGUGUCGAGUUGACGAAGUUUCGGCUCGGGGCGUCGUUCGCGUCGGGCCACUGCGCCGUUUUCAGCCUCGUUGGGCUCCUUGUUCUCGGAGGGCUCACCAUGCCUCUUGCUCAAAUGCAUCCAGGGUUCUCCGAGACAUUACCGGGCGUGAUCAAGACCGCAUCGAUCAUUGCGUCGCGACUACAUGUGUCCGCCGCAUACGGCAGCACGGAGAAAUCCAGCGGUGUCCGCAAAGUCAUGGUCCAAGGCACGUUCGCCAACGAAUUUGCGAUUGUCGCGCGGCCGGAAGUUGUCUUGGAAGGAAGUGCUGACGGCGGCAAGACAUGGCAUGCCCUGGAUUUGCAUUUCAAACCUGGCAGCGUGGAUGCAUCUCCUUCCUUUGUCGCCCCUCAUCAAAGCCGCAUCGACUGGCAAAUGGCCGCUGCCGCGAAAGGCAACUACAGCGAACACCCGUGGCUCGUUCAUUUCGUCAUGAAGGUGCUGCAGGGAUCACCAGCGGCACUCGGCGCGCUCCACUUAGACAAAACGCCCUUUUCGACUGAGUCGCCGCCCAAGGCUGUCCGUGCGCAAUUGUACAACUACGACUUUACGCGGUGGAACACGUCAUGGGCCCGCAACGUCCCCCACGUCGAAGUCUUGCGUACGAGAACCAACUCAACCGCGGCCAAUGGCACCGCCUUGGCAUCUCCUUGGUGGACUCGGACGUUCGUGAAAGAGUACUUGCCCGCCGUGGACUUGAACAACCCGUCGUUGAACAAGUUUAUCCAGAGUUUUGGAUGGCCUCCAGAGAAAGUGGCGUCGGAUGUUGGGGUCACGUACUGCACGACGGCGUCGACCCACCCCAAGUUGUGCCACAGCUUGGUCACGUUGCACUCGAUUCGUUCCAUUCGGCUUUACCUGAUGGCGGCUAUUGCCGUCUUCAUGGUGGUCAAGCACCGCUUGGACCGGUGGCUGACUCGCAAUGACGUUGCCGAAUCGACUGACAAGACAAAGCUCGACUGAUCGAUCGGCUGGUCAGCCGUCGAAGAGCAUGCGUGUUUAGAUGGGGCCAUGUAAGCUGUAAACAUGCCAUGCACAUUGUCGUCACUGCACCUUGACAACCAGCUAUUUAUAUAACCAGCCACGUCAA